AUGGCGUCCUCAAAUGAGAAUUUGCAGUCUGAGGACUCAUAUUCAUCUGACCACUCCGAGGAGAGUCAACACAGCGUCCAAGACCGUGCACCCAAGCGCCGCCGUCUCUCCGAGUCGGAAUCAGAUGACGAGGUGACCGACGAGGAGGAGCCUGUCACUAUUGCGGACGCUCUUGAAAUUGGAUUGCGCAGUGAAGAGUCCACUUUUGGUGCUCUGAAAGUUGCUCCAUGGCUCGUUGGCUCAUUGACGACUUUGGCCAUUCGCCGGCCUACGGCGAUUCAAAAGGCGUGUAUUCCUGAGAUCUUGAAGGGUCGGGAUUGUAUUGGUGGAAGUCGCACUGGUUCGGGAAAGACCAUGGCUUUCGCAGUUCCUAUCUUGCAAAAGUGGGCGGCAGAUCCGUUUGGAAUCUUCGCUGUUGUAUUGACGCCAACAAGAGAACUUGCGCUGCAGAUCUACGAACAAUUCAAGGCUGUCGGAUCUGCUCAGAGCAUGAAACCCAUUCUCAUCACUGGAGGCACCGACAUGCGCCCCCAGGCAAUCGCUCUCGCGCAACGUCCCCACGUCGUCAUCGCAACCCCUGGACGACUCGCAGAUCACAUUAAGUCUUCUGGAGAGGAUACGAUUGCAGGUUUACGCCGUGUCAAGAUGGUUGUACUCGAUGAAGCAGACCGACUGCUAGCAAGUGGUCAAGGCAGCAUGCUGCCAGACGUGGAAACCUGUCUCUCUUGUCUGCCUCCCUCCUCGGAGCGCCAAACACUUUUAUUCACUGCCACUUUGACCGCGGAGGUUCGCGCAUUGAAGUCGAUGCCUCGCCCUGAGGGCAAACCCCCGAUUUUCGUGACCGAGGUCUCAACCGAGAACCAAGGCAAUAUCCCGCCUACUCUCAAGCAGACUUACUUGAAGGUCCCCAUGACACAUCGUGAAGCCUUCCUGCAUGUGCUUUUGUCUACCGAGGAAAACAUCUCCAAAUCCGCCAUCGUCUUCUGCAACCACACCAAGACUGCCGAUCUGCUCGAGCGUCUUUUGCGCCGUCUUGGUCACCGUGCAACCUCCCUCCACAGUAUCCUCCCUCAGUCUGAGCGUACCUCCAACCUCGCUCGAUUCCGCGCAUCCGCUGCCCGGGUGUUGGUUGCGACCGAUGUCGCAUCGCGUGGUUUGGAUAUUCCGUCCGUCAGUCUUGUCAUCAACUUCGAUGUGCCACGUAAUCCAGACGACUACGUGCACCGUGUUGGUCGUACGGCUCGUGCUGGUCGGUCCGGUGAGGCUGUCACGCUUGUCGGGCAGCGUGAUGUUGAGCUCGUGCUCGCCAUCGAGCAGCGUGUUGGACGCGCGAUGGAAGAGUGGGCUGAGGAAGGUGUCAGCAUUGAGGGCCGUGUCACUCGCACUGGAGUUCUCAAGGAGGUUGGCUCCGCGAAGCGUGAGGCUACUGGGGAGAUCGAGGAGGGGCGUGACGUUCUGGGUCGUAAGCGAAACAAGCUCAAGAAGGUCAGGUAA